AUGAGAUCUAAAUAUGCUACUUCUCUUGUCAGCAGAACCAAGAAUACGCAACUGCGUCUACUGCAGAUGGAUAAGAACCUCCUCCCCCCAAAGAGAACACCUACUAAAACUUUAAAUACAUCACAAAAGCAUAUCUAUCUAUCUAUCUAUCUAUCUAUCUAUCUAUCUAUCUAUCUAUCUAUCUAUCUAUCUAUCUAUCUAUCUAUCUCAGUCUGUUCAUUAUCUAUCUAUCUAUCUAUCUAUCUAUCUAUCUAUCUAUCUAUCUAUCUCAGUCUGGUCAUUAUCUAUCUAUCUAUCUAUCUAUCUAUCUAUCUAUCUAUCUAUCUAUCUAUCUAUCUAUCUAUCUAUCUAUCCUUCUCAGUCUGUUCAUAUCUCCCGUUUCACUCACUGUUGAGUCUGUUCAUUAUCUAUCUAUCUAUCUAUCUAUCUAUCUAUCUAUCUAUCUAUCUAUCUAUCUAUCUAUCUCAGUCUGUUCAUUAUCUAUCUAUCUAUCUAUCUAUCUAUCUAUCUAUCUAUCUAUCUCAGUCUGGUCAUAUCUAUCUAUCUAUCUAUCUAUCUAUCUAUCAGUCAAUAUGGAGAAUUUCAACAUACGAAUCCAUGCCAUUUUACAUACGCACACACGCGGCCAAGGCUUAUUCUUUGGCUCGUUCUCUUUCAAACGCGCGCACGCACACAAAAGCAGAUCACUGCCAGGAACUAACGACAUAUCGUUCAUUUUGA